UAUUUUUCAUAAGAAAUUUCAUCAAGGAAUUUGUUGAGAAGGAUUUGAAAGUGCUUAUAUUUAGUAUUUGAUUUUUCUAAACUGGAGAAGUGAAGAACGUGAAGAAAUUGAUAAAAAAUGAGAUGAAGAGAACUGGAUGUUAGAACUCCACAAAAGAAAUGGACGCUUUCAAACUAUUGCGCAAGAAGUUUUCACAACAAAGUAGUGAAGGGACGACAACUGAGUCAAAGAUUCAAAAAGGACCCAAAGUAGCACCAAAACCAAAAAUUGACAAUGUGCCAAAACCGGCUGCAAGUAAAGGCGCCACUGGCACAGAUACAAAGGGUAAACCGAAAGAUAAUCCAGUGCACAAGGAUUUAGUAAAUCUUAAACAUCCUGUAGUGGAAAAGAAAAGAAUUCACGUGACCGAAGAAAAGGCAACUUUGACACCAACACCGAAAUCGGCAUCUGAUAGAAAAUCCAGUCUUCCUGAGGAAAAAUUACAAGAGUUACAAGAGGCGUUUGUCUUGUUUGACAAGAAUCAGGAUGGUAUGAUAACGAAGGAGGAGUUAGGGGCGGUCCUACACGCCCUCGGACAGCGGCCAACCGUUUCCGAGGUUCAAGCACUUAUUCAUUCGGUUGAUCUAGAUAAGUCCGGUACGAUAGACUUUGAGGAGUUUGUCAAGAUUUUUUCAACGAAGUUGUCAAUCGACCCGGAAAAAGAACUGCACGAGGUGUUCUGUAUAUUUGAUGAAAAUGGUGAUGGGUUUAUAUCCUCCGAUGAACUCUAUUCGAUGUUACACAAGCUCGGUGAACAUAUAACAAAACAUGAGGCUCAAAAGAUGAUUAACGAGGCUGACCUUAACCGUGAUGGCAAAGUGGACUACAGAGAAUUUAAAGCCAUUCUAAAUGCGAGAUAGCGACCCGAAUAGUGCCUGAUAUGGGCGAGCCUUUUCAAACAGACGCUUGUUUGUUGUGCGCAUAAGUGAUAUAGACGCUUUCAUAAAAUAAUGCCAAAACAUAUUUCUUACUGUUAAACUUGUGACUUUGUGUUGAUAUUCUGUGGUUUUUGUUUUGUGUCAGUUUCGCCUUUCCAUUAUAAGCGAAAAGACGAAAGUGCACCAUACGAUAAAUGCAAAAAGUAAGAAAAGCUCGAAAAACGUUGUUUUUCUAGGGUUAAUUUUAAAAAUGUCUCCAUUAUACAUUGCUGCUAUUAUAUGGGGAUUUAAUGUUUACCAGUCUGCUAUAUUUAUCUCAAUCCCUGAGGACCGAGGGAAAAAAAACAAAUAAACAAAAAUCAACUUGUUUUGAAAGAUGCUUUUAGGCAACUACUUUCAGAGUAUUACAAAAGUAUUGCAAGGUAUGUACAUGUAUAUAUAAACGUUCGUUCGAUACCUCGCAUUUUCUCAAAUCUGAUCAAUGUUUAAAGAUCUAACAUUUUUCAAAAUACUUAGCGUUUUAAGAGCUGAUGCUACUUUCAAAAUACUUAGCGUUUUUAAGAGCUGAUGCUACUGUUUUUUUAUCUAUAUUUGAAACUUCUUCGUAUCAAUAAUAAAAGUAUUUCUUUAAAAGUACAACAUUGUAUGCAAACGCUUUUGAAAUAUAUUUUGUUUGUGCAGCCAGGUGUGAAUCGUACAUAUUUUUAUUCCCCUUAAAAUAUCAAUUACAUUAUAUUAAUGUAUCAUAUAUUGUAUCUAAGACCACGUGACCUUACAUAUAUUUGAUAUACUACGGCAGACACAAGUUAUUCAUCCGUGUGAAAUCUUAAGCUAAAUAAAAUCUUAAAAUAUAAUUUAAAAUAUACACGCAAUUUUACAAUUUAGCACAAGUUUUCAUGUGAAAUCUAGUUUGCUAGCGUGGGUAAAAUAUACCCGACGCAUAAAUUUAGUUAAUUUUCUGUGGUUAAAAUUUCGAAUCCCCUCGAAUUUUACAUUCAAAGACAAAUGAAGGCCGCGUUUAAGGCAAAAAAAAAAAAGAAAAAAAAGAGCAAGCAAGCAAGCCCACUAUUUGUUUGGAAUACACGGACAAUCAAAGAAAUGUGAACAUUUUACAAAAUUAAUUGUAGUAGACCCAAAAUAUGGUAUUAUAGCUUUAUAUCUAUAUGACAACAACAACAACAACAAUUGCAAAUGUAUUUUUUUUUGUAAUUUUACUCGACGUAUUAGAUGUAUUCCCCAUCAUAAGUAAAAAUUACCUAGCAGAAGUAAAAGUCACGUGUGGUAUAUCGAAAUUUUAUAAAUCAUAAUCAAUAAUGCAUUGCUUGUAAAAAAAAGUUUUACAUAAUUUGUCAUUUUCAUUAUGGAAUAUUGUAUAUUUGAUUUAAUUAUAUUUUGAACUUGUAUUGUAAGUUGUAAAUUUGAUUCAUGGAUAUAUUUCUGUUGUGAAAAAAGUGAUAGAAUUAUACAAUAUGCUAAAA